AUGUCAAGUAAUGGGGCACCACCACCGUUGCCAACCAGAAAACCAAAGAAGCAUAUAAACCAUAACCAUCACACGGGUCGACAUGAAGAAAAAGCUGAAAAUGGAUCAUUAGAAAAUUCUUGUCAAGAAUUGAAUUUACGUCUUGAAUCAGAAAGACAACGAUGGCAAUAUAAAAGCCAAGCUGCAGAUAUUGAAGUUCAAAAUUUAAAGAAACAAUAUAUAGAAUUAGAGAAAGAAACUCGCAAAUAUCAAGAUGCUCUUGGAAAAGCAAAAAAUUUUCAUUUUGGAGAUGAUCAUAUCAGCAAUACAGUAGAACUUGCAAAAACAAUUUCUGAUAUAGUGGUUUUAUUGGAAGAAAUUACUACAGUUAAAGGAAAAGAU